CUGAUGCUGUUGCUGUGAAUUUGAUUGACGCGAACAUGUCGGUGUGAUGGGGGAGCGCCGGGAUGCAGCUGAUGAUGGUCCAGAAGGGGAAUACGUGCAGUCAAAUCAGACGUUAUCGUUAAGAAAUAACACCUAACGUUUUCCUUUAUCAUCUAUAACAAAGAUGUCUGAAUUUGUGUUGCAUUUCACACGCGCGCAAUGGAUCUAGCUGAUGCCACCGCAGCGAGGAUCUGAUUUGUAUUUUUUCCUUCCUUCCUUCAAUAUCUGUGUAUUAUGGUAGAGUCAAGCCGGAGCAUCAAACAUAAACUGUGCAACCCUGAUGACAACACCGUCAGGAAAUCAGGAUAUCAACAAUGGAAUCGCCUUACACGUAGAGUCUAGUUUUUCAUGAUCACACACACACACACACACACACACACACACACCAUUAUUAGUGCUUUCACGAACGCACUAUCCAAGUGUUGUCUAAUCUGAUUGAGCGAAUAAAGUAGCCUGCACUUAAGAGACGGACCACUGCUCGCAAAUUAUGGACGAGGAGAAUAUGACCAAAAGCGACGAGCAUCAUCUGAGUUUGCAAAAAGCCUUGCAGCAGUGCGAACUGGUGCAAAACAUGAUAGACAUUAGUAUAUCCAGCUUGGAAGGUCUGAGGACCAAAUGUGCCACAUCCAACGACUUGACACAAAAAGAAAUCCGAACGCUGGAGGGUAAACUGGUGAAGUAUUUUAGUCGGCAGCUCUCUUACAAGCAUAAAGUGUCCUUACAGGAGCAGAAUGUGGAGUUGGAUGGAUUCCCGCAGCUGGGACACUGGUUCCGCAUUGUUAACAUGAGGAAGGAGGUUAUUGAGGAGAUCUCUCCAGGUGAGCUGACUCUGGAGACUCUGUUGGAGAUGUCGGAUGAGCAGGUGUGUGAGGCGCUGCAGAAGUUUGGAGCGAGUGAAGAAGAAUGUGCUCGGCUCAAUGCCUCGCUCACAUGUCUACGAUCAGCCCACAAAUCAGAACAACUUGAGGAUGACAAAUUACACAGUAAUGGAGAUUCCCCUCACCCGCAUUCGGACCGGCUGACCGUGGACCCUCACUCCGGCCUCUUCCCCUCGCCUCUGGAUAUGGGACAUCACUCUCUCCCUCCUUCCCCCAGACAGAGGCAUUUUGCCCACACCCCUCCUCGGACUCCCUUAGUGGUGAACACCAUGACCCCUCCAGGGACGCCGCAGGUCAGGCGCAGGAAUAAGCUGAAGGCCCCUGGAACCCCGCCGCCUGCCAGCCGGAAGCUCAUCCACCUUCUGCCAGGGUUCACGGCUCUGCACCGCAGCAAAUCCCACGAGUUCCAGCUGGGGAACAGAAUAGAUGACGCACAGACACCCAAAGCAAAAAAGAAGAACAAGCCGUUGAACCUGAAGAUCCACAGCAGUGUGGCUGGAAGCUGUGAAAACCUGCCGACCCAGCGCUCUCCUCUCCACUCCGAUCACUCACUCCGCUCCUUCUUUUUCCCCAAUUUUGUCCCUUCGACACCACCGGUGCACUCCGACACCCCCUCAGCAAAUACUCUGUCUGUUCCUCGCUGGUCUCCUCAAAUACCUCGCAGAGACUUCGGCAACUCCAUAAAACACAGGUUUUCCACGAAGUAUUGGAUGUCGCAGACAUGUAUCGUGUGCGGGAAAGGAAUGCUGUUCGGCUUAAAAUGCAAAAACUGCAAAUUGAAGUGCCACAACAAAUGCACCAAAGAAGCACCGCCCUGUCAUUUACUCAUAUACCACAGAGGAGGUAGGGACUCAUUCAGAGAUCAAGGAACAUCUCAAGGUAAGGAAGCAGCUCGUCAGCUCGUCAGGACCGAGUCGGUACCAUGUGACAUAAACAACCCCCUCAGGUACUCAGACCUCCAUAUUAGCCAGACUCUCCCCAAGACCAACAAAAUCAACAAGGACCACAUCCCUGUGCCGUAUCAGCCCGACUCCAGCAGUAACCCCUCCUCAACCACCUCCUCCACCCCAUCGUCUCCUGCACCCCCUCUGCCGCCCAGCGCGACGCCCCCAUCUCCUCUGCACCCUUCCCCGCAGAGCGCCAGACAGCAGAAACAGUCCAACCUUACAGCAUCUCAUUUCUACAAAUUCAAGCAGCAGUUCAUCUUCCCUGAUGUGGCCCCUGAGGCUCCCACCAGGGCCCCUCAAGUCAUUCUACACCCUGUUCUGUCUGAACCUGGUACCAGAGGGAGUCCCUUGCUACAAAUUGAGGUUGAGCCAACAUCUGAUAACGAGGAAGGCAAUGAUGAGGCCGAGGGUUCAGCGGACGAGUUCGAGGAGAUGAAUCUCUCCCUCCUGUCUGCACGGAACUUCCCACGUAAGGCCAGCCAGACCAGCAUCUUCCUGCAGGAGUGGGACAUUCCCAUGGAGCAGCUGGAGAUCGGAGAGCUGAUCGGGAAAGGUCGCUUUGGACAGGUCUACCACGGACGCUGGCACGGAGAAGUGGCCAUACGGCUAAUCGACAUUGAAAGAGACAAUGAAGAACAGCUGAAAGCGUUUAAAAGAGAGGUGAUGGCGUACAGGAACACACGGCAUGAAAACGUGGUCCUGUUCAUGGGAGCAUGUAUGAGACCCCCUCAUCUGGCCAUCAUCACCACUUUGUGUAAGGGCAGGACCCUCUACUCAGUGAUUCGAGAUGCAAAAGUCGUUCUCGACGUGAACAAGACUAGACAAAUCGCACAAGAGAUGGUGAAGGGCAUGGGCUACCUACAUGCCAAAGGGAUCCUUCACAAAGAUAUGAAAUCCAAGAAUGUAUUUUAUGACAAUGGGAAAGUGGUCAUCACCGACUUUGGCCUGUUCACAAUAUCUGGUGUUCUACAAGCAGGCAGUAGGAGAAAGGAUAAGCUGCGGAUCCCAAGUGGCUGGCUAUGUCAUCUCGCUCCUGAGCUCAUCCGUCAGCUCUCCCCCGACACCGCAGAAAACCAGCUUCCUUUCUCCAAACAGUCUGACGUCUUUGCCUUUGGCACUAUCUGGUAUGAGCUCCAUGCGCGUGAGUGGCCCUUUAAGAAUCAGCCAGCUGAAGUCAUUAUCUGGCAGGUGGGAAGUGGAAUGAAGCCCAUCCUCACUCAGAUCGGCAUGGGCAAGGAGAUAUCCGACAUCCUGCUGUUCUGUUGGGCGUAUGAACAGGAAGAGCGGCCCAGCUUCUCCAAGCUCGUGGAACUACUGGAGAAACUCCCGAAACGCAACCGUCGCCUGUCUCACCCAGUACACUUCUGGAAAUCAGCUGAGUAUGUGAAAUGAGCUAAGCUAAAGUAAAAACCGCCUGUUUAUAAAAUAAAC